UUCGCACCAACUCACGCGUGCGAAACGGCUGCUUCGGACCGCAACCUCGCGCGCCUCACGCAGAGAUGGAGAGAGAGAGAAGAGACAGAGGGAGGGAGAGAGAGGUGUGAUUUGCUCCAGACGCUGGCAGCUGAGCCUUAAAAAACCACGGGAACACAGCCACGGUGGCUGUCGAAAUGCGCCUUCCUUGCUCGUCCCUCGAGAUUCCCCGUUCGUGAUCGUCUUUCUCCUUCGUCGAUCGUACGCCGAGCGUCCAGCGCCAUAUUACCCGGUUCAAGUUGACUAGUUUUCAGUCGAGGUUGUCGAUUUGCGAUGUUCUCUUAAUAUUUCCUUUCUGGGAGGUCUGAAUUGGAGACAAUUUGAUCGAGAAGCUGAACUCGGUUGAGGUCAAUCGUUUCCUUCAGAAGUAUUUAAGUGAUUCCAGUAGGAUAAAUAGUAAACAAUAUCAUUUAAUCUUGGAGAAAGGAACAUUUGGGAGAUUUUAUGUUUGUGGGAUAGAGAAUGGCAGAAAACAAAGAACCGCUCUUAAAGCACCAAGUUGUAUACCAUGAAAACUGUCCUGGAUGCAAGCUGGAAAGGAAAAAGGAACUUCACACUGGUAUACCCUUGAAGGAGCUUCUGUUCAUGGGCAUUGUUGUGCUCUCCAAUGCCUUGCCAAUAUCCUCAUUGUUUCCAUUCCUAUACUUCAUGAUAAGAGACUUCCAUGUUACUAAAAGAGUGGAGGAUAUUGGUUAUUAUGCUGGCUAUUUAGGAUCAUCAUAUAUGUUUGGGAGAUUCUUGACUUCUGUUUUAUGGGGAAUGGCUGCAGAUCGCUUUGGGCGAAAGCCUAUCAUUCUGCUUGGAACAUCUUCAGUAAUCAUUUUCAAUCUUCUUUUCGGGUUCAGCACAUCCUUUUCGAUGGCAAUUUCCACAAGAUUUCUACUUGGCUUUUUUAAUGCUUCCCUUGGUCCAAUAAAGGCAUAUGCAUCAGAAGUGUGUCGUGCAGAAUAUCAAGCUCUGGGAUUAUCAGUUAUUGGUACAGCAUGGGGAAUAGGGCUGAUUCUGGGUCCAGCUCUUGGAGGUUUCCUGGCCCUGCCUGCAGAGAAUUACCCACAUAUAUUUUCCAGAGAUUCCAUAUUUGGCAGGUUUCCAUACUUACUACCUUGCCUUUGUAUUUCAUUAUUUGCUUUAAUGGUGACGAUUACAUGUUUUUGGCUUCCAGAGACUCUGCAUAAGCAUCACACCCCUAUGCAUGAUGGAGGUGGUGUGAUUGAAACUAUGGAGGCUGCUCAUGGUCACAAUCAGCCAACAAAAUCAAAUGACAGUGAGAAGGGAUUAAAUUCCAAAAAGUCCCUCAUAAUGAAUUGGCCCUUAAUGUCUUCAGUUAUCGCUUACUGCAUUUUUUCACUUCAUGACAUCGCAUAUGCAGAGAUAUUUUCUCUUUGGGCUGUCAGUGAUAAGAAGUAUGGCGGGCUGAAUUUUUCAACUAAGGAUGUCGGUGUGGUGCUUUCAUUCUCUGGUUUUGGCUUGUUGAUAUUCCAACUUUUUCUCUUUCCAAUUAUUGAGAGGAUUCUUGGACCCAUCAUGGUAGUGCGUGUGGCAUCAAUUAUAACCAUACCGUUGCUUGCAAGUUAUCCAUUGAUGUCAAUGCUGUCAGGGUUCCUUCUUUCUUCCACCGUUAAUUGUGCAUCACUGUUGAAGAAUAUACUCUCUGCAACAAUAGUUACUGGCUUUUUCAUUCAGCAGAAUAACUCAGUGCCUCAACACCAAAGAGGAGCUGCAAAUGGAAUUGCAAUGACUGGAAUGUCAUUUUUCAAAGCAAUUGGUCCUGCAGGUGGAGGUUCCCUUUUUGCUUGGGCGCAGAAGCGUCAAAAUUCCUCCUUCUUGCCAGGUGACCAAAUUGUUUUCUUCAUCUUGAAUGUGCUUCUUGUUGUCGUAGCGGCUAUGACCUUCAAGCCUUUUCUGCCGGAGUCAGUAAAGAAACCUUAUGAAGAGACAGAAGAAUAGCCUCUAAAUCUUUGCCACAAUACUUUGAAAUUUGUUAUCUUCCAUCAACGCAGAAGCAGCAUUGGUUAUGUUACUUUACCUCAGCUUAGUGGUUCUCCUGCUCAUUCAUCCUGUUGCUGGUUACCCUGAAAGCUCGUUGCUAAAAAAGUGGCCCCGUUUGUAUUCUGCAGUAGCUUAUUAUUAUUCUUAUGCCCAUUGUUUCAUGAAAAGGGCACACCAUUCUGUAGGCUUGUUUAAAGCUAGAUAACUAAAUUUUGCAAGUUAAUGAAAAUCAUAAUACUGAUCUUGACUGUCUCCGAA